AUUCCGUUCUAUUUCUCUCUCUGAAUAAAACGAACAAACCAAAAUAAAAGAUUCCAUCCACUUCGGGGUUGGAGUGGGACCCAUACAUUAUGCGAUAUUAUUAAUUAAAUGUACGUCGACAACUCCAACAGAAACAGCACCUAACACUCCAAUACUUCUAAAUCUGGUUUCUGGUUCCUUUCCCUUCCUUUAACAGCAGAAACAAGAGAAGCAAUCAUCGUGAUGGGGCGAGAGAGCGUUGGAUUUCCACUUCUGGAGGAAAAUGUUUCCGCCGAUAAGGACAAGAGUUUGAGGGGGAGGAGGAGGAAAGCUCUCUGCUUCUUACUUGGUUUCUUCAUCAUCUCAAUUGCAGGCAUAACGACAUUUGGAGGCGAUUUAACCAGCUGGUUGCUAAGGGAACGGAACAACUUGGAGAAGAGAAUUAAAAUUAAUGAUGCUGAUGUUGUGGAGUCAGAGCAAGGCGUUGUUGCUGCUGAUGAUGGCAGAUGUUCUGAAAUUGGGGCAUCAGUGCUUAGACAAGGUGGGCACGCUGUUGAUGCUGCAGUGGCAACAGCAUUAUGUGUUGGUGUUGUUAAUCCAAUGGCAAGUGGAAUCGGAGGUGGAGCUUUCAUGGUUGUCAGGUCUUCCUCAACUUUGAAAGCUCAAGCUUUUGACAUGAGGGAAACUGCUCCCUUAGCUGCUUCAAAGAACAUGUAUGCAAACAACAUUCAAAACAAGUAUUCAGGUCCGCUGUCAAUUGGCGUUCCGGGUGAGAUUGCUGGCCUGCGCGAAGCUUGGAAACGAUAUGGACGUUUGGCUUGGAAGAAUUUGUUCCAACCUGCCAUUAAACUCGCCAAAGAUGGCUUCAUCGUUGCUCCUUAUCUUGCAUUAUCAAUAGCUCGUUCUGCAGAGAAAAUCAUGAGUGACCCUGGAUUGCGGGAAAUAUUUGCACCAAACGGAAAGUUGUUACAAGCGGGUGAUAAAUGCCAUAAUUUAAAGCUGGCAUGGAGCCUUGAGGCAGUUGCAGAGCAGGGGCCACAAGCCUUGUAUAAUGGUACUGUUGGUGAGCAGUUGGUGGAGGAUAUAAGAAAGGCUGGUGGGAUAGUAACAAUGGAGGAUUUGAAGAAUUACAAGGUGGUUAUAACAGAUGCAAUGGCUGCAAAUGCAAUGGGCUACACUAUAUAUGGAAUGCCACCUCCUUCAAGUGGGACGGUUGGGCUUUCUCUGGUCUUGAACAUCUUUAAUAGCUAUGGAACUUCAGAUGCUGCAAAAGGGAAUCUUGGUUUACAUCGAUUAAUUGAAGCAUUGAAACACAUGUUUGCUGUUCGAAUGAACUUGGGCGAUCCUCAAUUUGUAGACAUAAAGAAAUAUGUGUCCGAGAUGCUUUCCCCCUCUUAUGCUGAGCAUAUUCGAAAAAGAAUAAUCGAUAAUACCACUUUUCCUCCAGAAUAUUAUUUUCAUAGGUGGAGUCAGCUAAGAGAUCAGGGAACUAGCCAUUUCUGCAUUGUUGAUGGGGAGCGCAAUGCUGUAUCUAUGACUACUACUGUAAAUUAUGGUUUUGGAGCUGGAGUGCUUUCUCCAUCUACUGGUAUUGUGCUUAACGAUGAGAUGGGUGACUUCUCAGCACCGACAGAGGCAACUCCUGAUAUGCUUCCUCCAGCUCCGGCUAAUUUUAUUGAAUCCAGUAAGAGACCUUUAUCUUCCAUGACCCCCCUUAUUGUCACCAAGGAUAAUCAGCUAGUAGGGGUUUUAGGUGGUAGUGGAGGAAUGGACAUCAUUCCAGCAGUAGCACAAGUUUUUAUUAAUCGUUUUGUCUUGGGGAUGGAUCCUUUAACUGCAGUUCAGAAUCCAAGGGUCUACCAUAAGUUAAUUCCCGAUACUGUUAUGUAUGAGAAUUGGACAGUGAUCGAUGGCGAUCACAUAGAGCUUGCUGAGGAAACAAAGAAAUUCUUAGAGGAAAAGGGACAUCAACUGGAGGGUAAAGCAGGAGGAGCUAUCGUCCAGCUCGUCAUUCAAAACCUUCAAAAAACCGUUAAUAUGGGCCGUAAAAAUGGAAGGGAAUUAAAUGAACCCAGAAUUUUAUAUGGAAAACUCACUGCAGUAAGCGAUCCUAGAAAGGAUGGGAGACCCGCAGCAGUUUGAACCGUAAGAAUUUUUUGUGAUGGGAAUUCCAUUUCCAGAAUCUCCAAGCCAGUAUAUAGGACAUUAUUGCAUGUAUGAAUCACAUUUGGAUUACAACUUGUAAAAAAAUUCCAUCGUUGCAUAUAAAAUGCUUGGUUAGCACACGAAAUUCCUGCAA